UGACUAAACUCCAACAAUGGUUCGAGCCACUGUCCUCUUAUGGGCCUGUGCAUUGGUGUUGGUCUCCGCCAGUGUUGUAGCUCAAGACCUUGGUGCCAAUUGGGGUGCGAUCGCAUCACACCCUUUGGACCCAAAAAAAGUUGUUAAUAUGUUCAAAGACAAUGGCAUAAAAAAGGUUAAGCUUUUCGAUGCUGAUUCCAACAUUCUAAAUGCCCUGGCUGGAACCGACAUUGAGGUCAUGAUAGGCAUACCCAAUCUUCAUUUGGCAGAUUUGGCUGAGAAAUACAGUACAGCCCAGGCUUGGGUCAAAGAAAACAUCACUGCGCAUCUGGGUAAGGGGGGUGUCAAUAUCAAGUACGUGGCCGUAGGGAAUGAACCACUUUUGGCAAGUUAUAAUGGCACGUAUACCAACUCGACAUUGCCAGCGAUGAAAAACAUUCUCAAGGCACUGAAUGAGGCUGGUGUUGGAAAAGACAUUAAAGUAUCAACACCACUUAAUGGUGAUGUUUACAUGACGCCUACAUACAAACCAUCGGAUGGUAUAUUUCGAGGCGACAUAGCAGAUCUCAUGGGCCAAAUAUGUGAAUUUCUCAAGGAAAAUGAUGCCCCUUUUAUCAUCAACAUCUAUCCUUUCUUUAAUCUCUACCAGAAUCCUGGCUUCCCCAAAGAAUACGCAUUCUUCGACCACUCUAACUCGAGUGAUUUUGAUGACGAUGGUGUUAAAUAUCACAAUGUUUUUGAUGCCAAUAUUGACACUCUUGUUGCGGCACUGAAAACAGCUAAAACCCCGGAUUUACCAAUCAUUGUAGGGGAAGUUGGAUGGCCGACGGAUGGUAAUGUUUACGCCACAAAACAAAAUGCUCAGAGAUUCUAUAAUGGGCUGUUAAAGAAAAUGGCUAGCAACGAAGGAACUCCACUUCGACCAAAGCAGUACCCUGUUGUGUAUAUGUUUGCUUGGUUGGAUGAGGAUUUUAAGAGCAUUGAUCCAGGUAUGUUCGAGAGGCAUUGGGGAAUUUUCUCCUUCGAUGGACAACCUAAGUUUCCAAUGGAUCUUUCAGGGAAAGGACAGAACAAGUCGCUUGUUGGUGCAAAAGAUGUCCCAUACCUGGAAAAGCAGUGGUGCGUGCAUAACAAGGAUGCUCAAAACCAAACAGAUUUGGCUAUAACGGUUGAAUGGGCAUGCAAUAAUACCGACUGCACUACCUUAGUCCCCGGAGCUUCAUGUUCUGGUAUGGGACUUGACAUGAACGCCUCGGUUGCUUUCAACAUGUACUACCAAAUGCAAGAUCAAGCUAAAGCAGCGUGUGAUUUCCAGGGUUUAGCUAAGCUUGUCACGCAGAAUCCAUCCAAUGGGACUUGUGAGUUCCCGAUUAUGAUUAAAAAGUUCCAAGCUACUUCUGGGACAUCGGGGUCUUCGAAUUCUUCAGAUUCGGUUGCAUCUUCUCCCUCUCCUUCCCAACUUCUUUUUCAUAUUGUUGUUGGCAUUUGCAUUGUUUGGUUUGCAUAAAUAGCUACG